CCGCGCGUUCCCACCCACGCCGUCCAAUUGCCGCGCGUGGGCGGGACGCACGACCCACGCCUUUCCCCUUGCCCAUUUCCUAACCCCGCACCCCCACCCAACUUGAGCCCUUGACGCACACCAAACACCCGGCGAUCCGCCCCUCCUCUUAGCUAAACUAAUCGCCCCCCCACCCAAAUUAACUCCGAGUCGUCUUCUUCUCCGCCCCGCCACCCCUUUGCAUAUAAACUCUCGCCAGUCACCCACACCUUCUCAAUCCCAGCUCGAGGCCAAACGAAAAGACCACCACCAGCACAACCAUCGGCAGGAGCAGCAAGCGAGCGAGCAACUAACCACAGGGAAAGGAGGAAGAAGAACAAGAGAGGAGGAGGCAUGGCGAGCGGGCACUGGAGGAGGCUCCACACGCUGGGCCGCGGCGCGUCGGGCGCCGUGGUGUGCCUCGCGGCGGACGCCGCGUCGGGGGAGCUGUUCGCGGUCAAGUCGGCGGGCGCGGGCGCCGCGGCGGAGGCGCUGCGGCGGGAGCGCGGGGUGCUGGCGGGGCUGCGCUCGCCCCACGUCGUGCGCUGCGCCGGCGGCGCCGAGGGCGCGGACGGCUCCUACCAGCUCUUCCUCGAGUACGCCCCCGGCGGGUCGCUCGCCGACGAGGCGGCCCGGAAUGGGGGCGCCCUCGGGGAGCGCGCCGUCCGGGCGUACGCGGCCGACAUCCUGCGCGGGCUGGCGUACCUCCACGGGCGCUCCGUCGUGCACGGGGACGUCAAGGCGCGGAACGUGGUGAUCGGCGCCGACGGGCGCGCCAGGCUCGCGGACUUCGGGUGCGCGCGCGCGCCCGGCGCCGCGCGGCGCGCGAUCGGCGGCACGCCGGCGUUCAUGGCGCCCGAGGUGGCGCGCGGGGAGGACCAGGGCCCGCCCGCCGACGUCUGGGCGCUCGGGUGCACGGUCGUCGAGAUGGCCACCGGCCGCGCCCCGUGGGGCGACGCGGACGACGUCCUCGCCGCCCUCCACCGGAUCGGGUACACGGACGCCGUGCCGGAGGUGCCGCUCUGGCUGUCCGCAGAGGCCAAGGACUUCCUGGCCCGCUGCUUCGCUAGGGACGCCGCCGGCCGGCCGACCGCGGCGCAGCUCCUGGAGCACCCGUUCGUGGCAUUCGCCGGCGCCGCCGACAAGGCCCGGUGGGUGUCCCCGAAGAGCACGCUGGACGCCGCGUUCUGGGAGUCGGAGUCCGACGACGAGGCGGACGAGAUGCCGGAGGGCGCGGCGGAGAGGAUCAAGUCCCUGGCGUGCCCCGCCUCGGGCUUCCCCGACUGGGACUGCGAGGAAGGCUGGAUCGACGUGCUCGGCGAGCAGCAGCAGCAGCAGCAGAGCGAGGUCCAGGUGGCGCGCGGCGCGCCAAGCAAGGUGUCGGGCGCCGCGGCGGUGCCAGCUGGAGGCAUGGCUGUCGGCGGCGGCGGGCUCAGUGAUGAACUGGAAGCAGAGGAGGACGUGCCGUUCGGUGGCGACGCUCCUGCAGCUGCUGCUUCAGUUGGGCGUCAGGGCAAACGCUGUCCGGGUUCAGACUGUCAUGUAGGAGUGCUGCCAUGUCAGCUAGUGCUUUGCUGUAAUGGAAUUACUACUGAUGAUGAAAUAAAAUUAUGGCUUCCCACAAAAUCCGAUGCGCUGCUCUGCUUAAUUCCCCUUGUUCAUACUCUGCUCAGGCCUAAUUUUCCAUCUGUCCGAGAGACAGGCCACGAUCGGUUCCACACUCAGAAAUGUUACUAACAGUCGAACGCACGAAGAGAAA